AUGAGAAGACGGUUGCUGGCUGAAAACACCCUCUCGUCAACGUCGGCAGUAAUGGUACCAUGUCGGACGCAAAUGAAGCCAUUAUUACGAAUUAUGAACAACAAGACAUCCAUCAUGAUACAUUCUCAUGGCUUAUUGGUUCAGGAUAAUUCCUCGGGUUUUACUACCCAUACACAAACAAAUAUCUUUUCAUUGGAUCGGAAUUGUAAACGAUUAUUUCAUCAUCAAAAUCGGAUAAAUAAUGGUGCUUCUUCCUCAAAAUUCGAUGAAAAACAAAAAUCACGAAUUUGGAGAAAAUACAGAUUAUUUCGAAUUACGGUCGGAAAUAUUGGACUAUGGGUUCUAUGGAUUGCGAUUGGAAGUGGAAUUUUUGUGAUAUUAGACUCGUUAUAUUAUGCACACAGAAAGGAAUUUGACAAUCUUAAACGACUCUACCACACAAAAUUUACACUCAAUCCCAACAAUGAAAAUUCUCCAAUUCUUUCGAUGGAAUCUAAUAUUGUGGAAAUGUUUAGAGAAAUAUUUAACAAGCACUCGAAUGGAAAAGAUUACAUGACCUUUGAUGAGUUGAAAGAAUUUUUUCAAAACGAACAAAAACAGUUUGAUGAUCGUAGCUUACUUGAAAUAAUUCACAAUUUGAAAGAAAAUGAGCAAGAACAACUCCAGUCACACAUUAACUUUGAUCAAUUUUUAAGAAUAAUUUUUUUAAGCGCGUUCAAAAGUAGUGAAACAUUUAGGGACGAUCUACCACUGUCUAACUAUUUUGUUUCUUCCUCUCAUAACACAUACUUGGUUGGAAAUCAGCUGACCAGUGAAAGUUCUGCCAAGGCAUACAUUGAUUGUUUGAAAGAUAACUGCAGAUGUAUUGAGAUUGACUGUUGGGACGGAAAGAACGGAGAACCAAUGGUACACCAUGGAUGGACAUUGACCUCAAAAAUUCCACUCACAGACGCCCUGAAAGCUAUCAAAAAUUAUGCAUUCCAUACUUCAGAAUAUCCACUAAUUCUGUCAUUAGAAAUCCAUUGCAAUCUCGAACAACAAAAGAAAAUUGCCAAAUAUUUAAAAGAUACUUUUGGAGAUGCAAUUAUUGCUCCCGGAUCUGUCUCGGUGGAUGACAUUCAGCUUCCAACGCUAUCAGAUUGUAAAGGCAAAGUUUUUCUUCAAGGAGAGUGGGCAAAUAUUGAAAAGAAGAUUAGACAAGUUGAAAUUGAUAUUGUUUCAGACAUUUUCUUUGAGAAGAACAUCUUUCAUAAUGAAUUUGAUCCACCGCCAGAAUUUACGCUCUCUAAAAAGAAACAUCAUGACAAUACAAAACUGGAAUCUAAAAGGAAAAUUGCAGAAACUUUGGACGAGUCCAUUAAAGUCCUCGAUGAAACAUUUCCACAACUACAUCCUGAGAAUGACACAAUUGGAAAAUGGACAAAAGAACUCUACGAUUUACUCUAUUUCAAGGCGGUGAGAGAUGUAGAUCACGAAUAUCCAGAGGAAGUAUCUCCCCUUCACAAAAUCAUUAACCUCAGUGAAGGUAUGGGAAUUACUCACAUCUUAAAAAAGGGAAAAGAAUUUGCUGCUCACAAUGAAACACUCAUGUCACGAAUUUAUCCAAAAGCCACUCGAUUUUUCUCCACAAACUUUAAUCCACGAAUUUAUUGGGAAGCUGGGUGUCAAAUAGUGGCACUGAACUAUCAAUUUUGUGAUCAAUUCUUGAGGAUGAAUAAUGGAUUUUUCUCUGCUUUUACAAGUGGUUAUGUACCCAAGAACUUUAUUUCAGAAACCAUUCCGCAAAAACUAUUUACCAUUGAGAUUUUAGAUUUUGUAUCUACUCAAGACUUUCAUACGAAACUCUCACAAAUGCCAAUGGCUGUCAUUGAGCACUGUUCACUUGUGGGUGAACGAAAAAUCAAAGCUCACAAAGUGGAUGUUUUCAAAAGUUCAGAACCAACCUCAAAGCACACACUCCACAUUUCCACACAGCAGAAAAAGGGAGAAAUUAUUUCAUUUGGAUUGUUUCAAAAGAAGAAUUCAAUUACCAGACCCAUUUCGAGACUUUUCAGACUUGGAAAUUAUGAAUGUCUCGCCUACACUUCAUUUCCAGUCCAUCAAUUGCAACACGGAUACAGAUUCAUUCCUGUGAGUGACGGAGAAGUAUAUUUUGGUGGAUUUUUGGUUCGUGUGACCUCUCACAAGUGA